AUGAGUAAACGUACCUAUGAAGAAUAUUCAUAUGAAGAUGAUCAUUUGUGUGAGCCUGAUUUUUCCCUACAGGCUUUUCUACCACAUCACCAAACUAUCUUUUAUGAUUCGGAUCAUGUACAUUUAAAUUAUUAUGAAUCAAGUUUAAAAAAGAAGAGAUUUGAUCCUCCUUCACAAAGCCUUUUUUCAUUCAAUAAUAACACUUCUCAUAAUGUCACUACCAUCACUACUAAUACUCCUACCACCAUUCAACCAUCACCACAUCAUCAACAUCAUCAUCAUCAUGACACUCCCUUCUAUCACCAAACUCAUCACCAACAACCCUCCUCCUCCUUGUACAUACAAUCAACGAUAGGCUUUGAUCUAUCUAUUAAUCAACACAGUAAUAAUAAUAAUAUGCAUCAAGAUAAUUCAAUAAUGGAAGAUGAUCAAAUAUUAUCACCAUCAUCAUCAUCUAAUAUUCAUGAUUCUUAUAUAUAUAGAAAACAUUUACAACAUGUAGAAUAUUUACGUGCAACAGUUAUAAAUCAAGAAUUGAAUAGAAAGAAUAGUAUAAUUAAUUUUCAAGUGAAAGGAUUAAGUGGUCAAACCAUUUCAUUCAGUCAAGUUGAUAUAGAAUCGAGUACAUUAUUUGAUUUACAACAAAUAAUUAAUGAACAACUCGGAAUUCCAAUUCCAAAACAAAGAAUUGUUUUAAAAGGAAGAAUAAUACCAACUCAAUCUAAUGUAAAUACGCUAAGAUUAUGUGAAAUUAUUGGAAUUGAAAAUAAUUGUAUUUUUCAAAUUGUUUGUGCAUUAAAAGGUGGUUAA